AUGGACAUCUGGACCGGCGCGAUUGAACUGAACAGGGAUACCCAACUUCGAGGGCUGCGUCUCAUUGAUCGGACGGCGCAAUGGCAUUCAGACAUACUCAAAGACUCGACACUUACGCUUCGCUGCUUUGUGAACCCUGCGCUUGUGCCUAUCUAUGCCAGAACUGGGCCGAACCUGGAACUGCACACAGCGGACAUUGAAACAGCACAGUGGCUCAAAAGCAAAUUGCUCGGUAACAUCUGGCUCGAAGAGGAGGAACUGGAGAACUUUCAGACAUUCCAAUGCCCGGUUGGAAUUUUACUCAGUGCCAACAGUUCAUGUGGGACAAAGUCCGGGUCACUGACGACCGACUUGUUGGUUUACGGUGUCUUGUCAAGCGCAGCCUCUUUCGAGCGACCACCUACUCCACCUGGUUCCUCUUCCCCUGAUCCCUACGGGCAUGAUCACCAUGCCAAUAAACAGGAGCUUAGAAUCUACGCCACGCCUCUUUCCACAUCGCUCAUCAACAAAGCUCAAGCUUUGUGUUCUCCGCCGGAGACAGACACGCUCGCAAAUGAUGCACGGUUUGCUGAGCUUCUCCCGGACAUUCGGUCCCCAAGUCCUAAGCGCAAACGAGUCGCUACGCUGUUCGAGACAGCUGCUCAACAUCAUAAGAAAGUACGCCAGAAAGGAGGCGAGGCAGUAUCACAGUUGAUGGCCAACUCGCUCUCUCACUCAUCCCAGCAUCUGCAGACCCUUAGAAUUAAGCGGGAGUCCGAAGAACCGGGGCUCCCAUUAUUGGAGCGAAUUGCCUCCCAACGCUCGCGCUCGCUAUCUGUAGGGGCCGGUCUACAUUCGUUUAAGCCGUCCGAACGGCGAACCGAGCAGCUUCGGCCGAGCAGCCAACGAGGUUAUGUGCGCGAAUCUGCUUCGAGGAAAGGCACUCCAAAUCCUUUUUCGGAGCCUCCAUCACGAUGGGAACCAACGCCAGCGUUACCCGCCUCGGAUGACAAGCCGGAGACAUCUUUUACAUCCAAGGAUUCUGAAACCAUUAUUUCUGAAAACAAAAACACAAUAGCCCGCACAAUAUUGACGUGCAUGCGAUUAUAUGGCUUCAAUCGUUCCUCCAAACCUGCGAGUACAUCUAAGAUCGUCGAUAGCGCAUCUCAAUAUGUGAAUCUUGCCACAGACAUGGGCCCGACUUCGAGCACUGAUGAGGAUGAAUUCAAGGCUAUGUACCAUGCAACCUAUCGAGCAUCGACAUUUGCAUUACGCAAAUAUCUCAAAGAGCCACCCGAAAGCGCCGAGUGCUUGGCUGGUCCCACGCCAUCUUUGGAUAAGGAAAAGGCAAUGACAUAUAUUGACGAGUUUUUGAGGUUAUUUUGCGAGGAACGCUGA